AUGCGUCUAAACCUCUUUUCUGCAGCCCUCCUCGGGCAAUGUCUGGUCGCUGCACAAGACCUUGCUAAUGUUACAUGGCCCAACUCUUUUCCUAAACAAAUCGCUGCUGUACGCCGUCGCGAAGGGCUUACCACCUCAGAAUUUCAGUAUCACCAUAUCUUUGUCCACGGUCGUAAGGCUUGGAACGCUCCAGAUACCGUCGAUCAGCCGCUUGCAUAUGUUCAAGACCACGUCUUCGAUUCGGCUUAUGGCAUCAACACCACCAAAAACAGCAUCAAUCCCAGCUAUUUUGGACACAGUGAUAUGACAGAGCUAUACAGUCGAUCUCAAGACGCAUUCGCUACUCCGCCGCCAAACAACUAUACCUCGACAAUCAUUGGCCCUGACGGCGCCGCCUUCAGCGACUUCUCUGCUUCCGUCAACAUGUAUGCCCAUGAGGUGUUCUACCCCGUGAACAGCAGUUGUCAGCAUCCUAUCCAAGCUAGUGCUCCAAAUGCAUUCUAUUGGAUUUUCGCCAAUGCAUCCAAUGCAAACACUUCUUCUUUUGAAAACGCUACAUUUGCUGGCUCAAUCAUGGACAGUCUAGUCUCAGCCUUUCCUCCUGGAGCCAUCUACAAUGCCAGUAUCCACACCUCGGUUGCCGGCAUGGACUCACGUGGUUAUUAUGGUGGCUAUAACAACCCGACGCUCAACGCCGUACUGAAGUUCUGGCUGUGUGACGACCACCAGGCUAUCACUGCGUUUCGAAAGGCGCAGUCGGGCCUCAUCUCACAGAAUGAGAAGCUACAGAUCAAUCUCGACAAUAGCUUUGUUAUCUUCACUCGACCGAUCUUGAUCUAUGACCGUACAACUAACACUCCUUUCGAUACAGCAAGGGCCCAGAAAGCUCUUCUCACCAACGGCUUCAGCAGCAACGCAAUUGUAGCUCCGCUCAACUUAACUUAG